AUAAACGUAAAGGUGUUUUCAAUUUGACUUUUGCACGUUUUAAUCGGCAUUAGCGGGGCUUGACUGACACUGACUUGGGACUUGGGAAGAAUUAUUCUGCAAAAUCCAGUACGUUCCUGUUGGUUUUUCUGCAGUGUUGACCCUGGCCUACUACAUUUCACCUACUGUGCUGCCAGCCUCUCCUGUUGGCGGAUACUUGAAGAGCGGAGAGGAGAGCUAAGUCAAAAGGAAGUAUGGACCAGAAUAACAGUCUGCCACCCUUCCAGGGCCUGGCCUCCCCCCAGGGUGCCAUGACCCCAGGUAUGCCUAUAUUCAGUCCAAUGAUGCCGUAUGGCUCAGGCCUUACUCCUCAGCCGGUCCAAAAUACCAACAGUCUCUCAAUUUUGGAAGAACAGCAGAGACAACAACAGCAGCAACAACAGCAACAACAGGCCCAACAGGCCAAUUCAGGUCUGCCAGGUACAUCAGGCCAAACCCCUCAACUUUUCCAAUCCCAGACUGUAGGGGGAUCCACCACCACAGCACUGCCAGGGAACACACCUCUCUACACAACCCCCCUGACCCCAAUGACCCCUAUCACACCAGCUACACCAGCAUCAGAGAGCUCUGGAAUAGUGCCACAGCUACAGAACAUAGUAUCUACAGUGAAUCUGGGCUGUAAACUUGAUUUGAAGACCAUUGCUCUGAGAGCCAGGAAUGCUGAAUACAACCCCAAACGUUUUGCUGCCGUUAUCAUGAGAAUACGAGAACCCAGGACCACGGCUCUCAUCUUCAGCUCUGGGAAGAUGGUGUGUACUGGAGCCAAGAGUGAGGAGCAGUCUAGGCUAGCUGCUAGGAAGUAUGCCCGUGUGGUGCAGAAGCUGGGUUUCCCUGCUAAAUUCCUGGACUUUAAAAUUCAGAACAUGGUGGGCAGCUGCGAUGUGAAGUUCCCCAUACGGCUAGAGGGACUGGUCCUAACACACCAACAGUUCAGCAGUUAUGAGCCAGAGCUUUUUCCGGGACUAAUCUACCGAAUGAUCAAACCUCGAAUCGUCCUGCUCAUCUUUGUCUCUGGGAAGGUUGUUCUGACAGGUGCUAAGGUGAGAGCAGAGAUCUACGAGGCAUUUGAGAACAUCUACCCCAUCCUGAAAGGCUUUCGAAAGACGACGUAGGCCCCCCACCCCACCCCCUUUCCAGCUUUCCUCGCCUAUUUUUUUUAUUAUUUUUUUUUACUUAUUUUUCUAAGUCAUGUCAGACACUGAUAUAAAUGUUGAUCUAUAAAUGUGGACUGUACUGGGAUGUGAUUGGUGCUUUUUAUGCCCCGCUGCCCCAAAACAAUAUUUCAGUUGUCUGGGAGAUAAACCAUCUUGACAGGCUUUUGUUGUGGUGUUCCGAUCCCAUCUGACUGUAUUCUCGGGCGAUGACAACUUUUUUAAGCCAUGUUUUUUCAAGCUUUUUUUUUUUUUUUUUUUGCUCCAGUCCAAUCCCCGCUUGUAUAUAAAAGACUGGAAGUAUAUGGGUACAUAAAGCUCCAAGUCACGACGCCAUUGUGUGAUUAGGAGGAACAAUGCUGUAGCUUUGUUCAUCGGUUCAUCUUUAUUGUUAAAGAAUUGCUCGCCUACUGGAAAGGCGAGCUGACUUGGAAUGACUGUUAUUGUCUCAUUUAUUGCGAUUUUAGUGCUUUUUUUUUUGUAAAUUAGGUUUUUUUUUGUCAACCCUCCGCAAGCUGUCUCUAGAUGCAUCUCUAUGCCCUUGCAUUCUUUUAAUCUGUGAAGAGUUCAAAACUUACUG